AUGGAGGGGCUGUGGCCUGUCAACGCGGUCAACGCUUCGGUCAAUGCAGUCAACGUUCUGAUCGUCGUGAGGUCGAAUGUGGCAGAGGGGAGGGGGGUGGCGAGCUCGGCGGCAGUGGAGGUGGCGGCGAUGAAGGCGCUGCUGGCGGCGGUGGGCAGGGCAGACUUGCCGGGCCGCGACUUGGCCCUCCUGUGCCAAAAGGUCGAGAACUUGGUCGUGGGCGCGCCCUGCGGCGUCAUGGACCAAAUGGCCUCCGCCAUGGGGCCCCCGGCCCGCCUGCUGCCCAUCCUCUGCCACACCGCGGAGGCCCAGCCGCCCAUAUCGAUACCCGACCAUAUCCGAUUGUACGGUAUCGAUUCCGGGGUCCUGCACUCGGUGCGGGACGACGCCUACUGUCGUGUGCGCGCGGCGGCGUUUAUGGGAUUAAAAAUGAUUUCCGACAUGAAAAAAGUCCUACCAUCGUGCCUUGCGGCCUUAAGCCCCAGCGAGUGGAUAGGCGAUCUCGAGGAAAUCCUUCCGGCGGAAAUUUCUGGGGAGGAGUUUCUGGCGGCGCACGGCCCCCACGUGGAUCACGUGACAACCGUAGAUGACCAUAUGCACUACCGUAUUCGCGCCGCGACGCGGCACCCGAUCUUGGAAAAUUUCCGGGUUAAAUUGUUUCGGCAACUUCUGGGGGCGCCGCCGAGCAACGCGCAACUACUGGCCUUGGGGGAGCUCAUGUUUCAGUCGCAUGCCAGUUACAGGGCCUGCGGAUUGGGCUCUAAGGGAACGGACGCGAUUGUUGACUUGGUCAAACAUGAGGCUGACCUCGUCACGGGCCAACGACCAGGCGUUGACCAGGUCAACACCCAGGCGUUGACUUUGGGCGGCGUGUUCGGGGCGAAGAGCAGCGGAGCGGGCUGCGGGGGUACGGUUUGCGUCAUGGCGUCGAAUGACGACGCAGGCAGGGCGGCGGUGGAGAGGGUGGCGAGGGAGUACGGCGAGCGAUAUGGCAUAGAAGGCCGUAUUUUCGAUAUGAAAUACGGUGAACGACACAGGGCGUGCUCCUGGUGCGUCAAGGUGUGCAGAGAGGGGUGA